UAGGCAGAAUAGACAGUAAAAGAGACUAAACCCCACAAAAAAAAAACGAAAACAUUUAGCUCUUAGAUCUUAGUUCAGAAAAUUUGAAAAAUUCGGAAGUAAAGUUAGAAAUUCGCAGUACGAUGAGUCGUCAGAACGGAAUCAUAUAUUCGGACAUCGCCAUCGUGAGCAGGGGAUUGCGUUCCAUCGGCAAGCCCGCCUCCAUCGACCGGCUCGCCAAGCACAUGGGCAACAUGCUGGGAGUCCCCUCCUGGAUGCUAAAGGACGACAUCAAGAUCUUGCUCGAGACCUAUGAGCCGCUGGGCUUCUUCAAGAAGGAGGACGGGCGCUACAGCCUCCCGGCCGAUCUCCUCCAAAUCCUCAACGAGCAGGAGCGCGAGAAGCAGGCCAACUUAGUCGUCCCCGCAGCCACCGUUGCCCCUCCAAACGAACCCGACGCGGUAUAUGGCUAUACAUCCGAGAUCGAUAUGUCCCAGUCCCUGCGCCAUCCGUAUCUCCACAGAUUCAGUUAGAUCCACGGCCAUUGCAGGACACUGCAGCAGACGGACUCGGACUCGGACUGGGACAUGGAUAUGGACUAUGGAUGUGCAUUUUGAUAUGAUUUUGGAUAUGGAUUUGAAUCUGGGUUUGGCUUUGGCUUUCAGUUGCGAGGGAGCAGUAUGGUUUUAUCUGAGAGGGACACCUGGGCUUGUGCUUUUAAUAUUCGGGAGGAUUUCGGGUUAUACGAUAUAAUGACAAAUGUGAACCAAACACAAUGUGAUUUUGUCAGGUGUCCAAAAAUAUAGAGGUUGUAAUUCAAAA